AUUAGUGAGCGGUCAUUGCGAUAUCUUCGGAAGGUGUAUCGGGAGACUGGCGAAGUUGUGAGGACACCAGUUUGUGCAGGUCGACCCCGCAUCCUAGAUAGUCUCGAUGCAAACGCAUGUAUCGAACGACAACCAGAUAUCUACCUCACUGAGAUGCAAGAUCAACUGCGGGAGACUUGUAGUGUCAAAGUUUCGAUUGCAACAAUUUCCAGAACAAUAUGUAGGCGAGGGUUUACAUGGAAGAAGGUUACACGCCCUUCUGUCGAACAUGAUGAAGAUGACCGAGCUGCCUAUAAGAUGCUUGUGGGGGUGCAUUUCUGGCCGGAGCACCUUGUAUUUGCAGAC